AUGCUAGAUUCAGCUGAUUGUGAUUUGCCGUGGUUUAAGGACCUCAAUCCCAUCUGGUGUACUAAUCCAGCAUUUGCAGCAAAAACCCAUUCCUCAAAGCCUGGUGUUGAUCAUGCCGGUGAAUUGUAUGCACUCAUGCACUCGACUGGUGGGACUGGUCCCUCCACAAAAUCCAGGAAUCCAGCCAAUGCUCAGCACAGUUCCAGCAUUCAUGUGCUCCCUCCCAGCACUCAUGCUGCCACAAUGAGCGCUGCUUCUACCAGUGCUUAUGCGCCCCUGCCCAGCACUCACACCACCACCAGCACCACUUCUAUCAGCACUCAUGUGCCUCUGCCCAGCAUUCAGGCUGCCACAACAAGCGCUGCUUCUACCAGCGCUCAGUCCUCCCUCCCUGAUGGCCCUUUCUUGCCUGAUCCUGCCCAUUCCAGCGGCCCUCAGCCCUCCUCUCAUCGCAUCCCUCCUUAUGGCCCUUUUUUGCCUGAAGCCUCUCACUUGUGGCUUGCUUCACUUGGUUAUUCUAACAAAGCCCAGAUUGAUCCUCAUCUUCUCAACUUCCAACCUCCCUCCCCUGGUGAUCCUGACACCAACCGUCAUGCCAUGCCCCUCCCUGAUGAUGAUUUCAACAUAUACAACGACAACAGCAUGUACGAUAGCUUCGCCAAUGAAGAGGAUUAUAGUGUUAUUAGCCUUGACAGCCCUCCUAAAGUUGUUGGGAAAAAGUGUCACCUUGGCGCAACACCCUCUCCUCCUCCUAAUGCUCCCUUUCCUGUGUUUGAAGUCACGCAGAAGUCGCGCACUCCCAUCUAUGAUAGUUGCGCAGCAUUUCGAUCUUGUGAGCCCACUAGCCAUGGCCAUCCCCGCAAGCCAGCAUCUAUUGCAUCGUCGGGGAUGACGUGCAGCAUCUCAACCCCUACAACAAUAACUUGUGAUGGCUUAUCUGAUUUAAUCUCUCCAACCCCCAAGACCUCACUCUCUGCGAACCUGAAAGGUACCAGCAUGAAGUAUAAGAGAGUGAAGUCCAGCAUCCAGGAGCAGGUGAACAAAGUCAGCAUGGAACUUGAGAGCAUGCAGUCUGACACUGCCUCAUGUCGUGAUUCAAGGAAUGAGCACUUGAAGGUGAAGCUCAAUGCGAAGCUCAAGUAUCAUCAUGAGGAGAAGAAGUACCAAUGGCUUUGUGAAUCAUGUUCGCAUGAUGCAAUGCAAGCCACUGCCACCCAUCAGCGAGAACAGGAGGCCAGGGAUGCUGAGAUUUGCCUUUGUGAGGGUGAUGAGCGAGUGCAAAGCACAGUAGUGCUAUUAUCAGACUCAGAGGAAUCAUCACUGGAAAGAUCUGAAAAGCUGAGAAGGGAGGGGGAUAGAGGUGAUAUAGGUGUGUUAGAAUAA